UGCAAUACCUUCUAGAGACAUCUCUACAAAGUAAUGGCAAUGUAAUGCCUGGUAGCCUGGUGUCAUUUCGACUACAUUUUGAUGAUUGAUGUUGAUGUCACAAUCGAGUAGAUGGUCGUGUUGUCGAUUCUUUCGUUUUUGUCAGGCCUGUUUAUACCAGUUUGUUGUAACUUUUUUGUUUAUUACUUCAGUUUUUUUUAGCUCUAAUGAAGAGGGAGAACAAAAAGGUCUAAUCCAUCAGUAGAAAUCAUACAGUCGAAUUGAAUUUCAAUCGUUUUUUAAUGGUCGUAUUUAUAACUACCAAAGUAUAGAAAAGAUUAUAGAAAAUGUCAGGAAACGUGAAUAUUUGUGCAGUUACUGAUGACGUUAAGAAAGCUUUAAAAGAUUUCCGUUUUCGAAAGGCGCAAGACACAGCUGCUCUCAUUUUAAAAGUGGAUCGUGAAAAGCAACAAAUAAUAAUUGACGAAAAACUUGAAAAUAUCACAAUACAAGAACUACAAGAAAAUCUACAAAGUCAUCAACCUCGCUAUAUUAUAUUAUCAUAUCGUCAAGAGCACAGUGAUGGGCGAAUUUCUUAUCCGCUAUGUUUUAUAUAUUUUACGCCAAGGGACAGUCAUGCUGAAUUGCAGAUGAUGUAUGCAGGUUCAAAAAUUGCACUUCAGAGAGAAGCUGAUGUUCUUAGAGCUUUCGAAAUUAGAGAACUUGAAGAUUUAACUGAAGAAUGGUUAUUAGAAAAAUUAGGUAAUUGAGUUAUAACAUCACCAAUGUUAUGAAUUAUUUUUUUAAUCACAUACCUACUUUCUUAAAUUUA